UUCCAUUUAUUUUAUUUUAUUUUUUUCUUGUUUAAACUCCUCUCAGGGCUCCGUUCGGUUAAUCGGUUACAGUCGAUCAAUGAUGAUGAAACAUUUCCUUUCAGUUGAGGCUUCCCGCCGCCACACCUCCACAACUGCAUUUCCCACAAUCCCCCGCGCUCCAAGCAGGAAGAGCGUCGCCUCGCAGGGGCUCACACUGAUCCAAGUUAGGAGCUUUCAGCUGCCAGCCUCGGCCCAUCAUGUAAGCGCUGCGGAGGACUCUUUGCAGCGCUUUUGCACGAAUCCCCCAGGUUUCCCGACGCCCGCGCGAGCCGUGCAUUCGUAGCCCGCCGCGUGCACGGACGCGCGCGCCCCGCACGGAGAAAGGGUCCAAGUGCAUGAAGACCGAGGCUUGGAUCGUGCAUCUUUGUUGCAGCGCGAGCCGCCAGCAGCUCCAGCUCGAUGGAGGGAGGGAGCGAGAAGGAAGGCAAAGUCUUUUGUGCUUCCCCUCCCCCCCAUCAAAGCAGAGGGGAAAUGUCUCAGCCGAAGGGAGGUAAGAAGAAGCCGGUGCUCAAGCUCUCCAAGGAGGUGUUUGAGCAGCCAGCACCUGCUGCUGUACCCCCCAGAGAUUUGGAUUCAAAGGCUUGUGUAACAAUCGGAGAAAAGAAAUGUGAGGUGAAGGCGGACGACCUGGAGCAGAUCUGUGAACUGGGCCGGGGAGCGUACGGAGUGGUGGACAAGAUGAAACACGUCCCGUCUGAUCUGAUCAUGGCUGUGAAGCGGAUCCGGGCCACGGUGAACACUCAGGAGCAGAAGAGGCUGCUGAUGGACCUGGACAUCUCCAUGAGGACAGUGGACUGUUUUUACACCGUCACCUUCUACGGAGCGCUCUUCAGAGAGGGCGACGUCUGGAUCUGCAUGGAGCUGAUGGACACCUCCCUCGACAAGUUCUACAAGAAGGUGAUCGAGAAGGGCCGGACCAUCCCCGAGGACAUCCUGGGAAAGAUCGCCGUCUCGAUAGUAAAAGCUCUGGAGCAUCUGCACAGCAAUUUGCAAGUCAUCCACAGAGAUGUGAAGCCCUCCAACGUGCUGAUCAACACUCAGGGCCAGGUGAAGAUGUGCGACUUCGGCAUCAGCGGCUACCUGGUGGACUCSGUGGCGAAAACCAUGGACGCUGGCUGUAAACCCUACAUGGCCCCGGAGAGGAUCAACCCGGAGACGAACCAGAAGGGCUACAACGUCAAAUCGGACAUCUGGAGUUUAGGAAUCACCAUGAUCGAGCUCGCCAUCCUGCGCUUCCCGUACGACACGUGGGGGACGCCCUUUCAGCAGCUGAAGCAGGUGGUGGAAGAACCUUCGCCCCAGCUUCCUGCAGACCAGUUCUCCCCGGAGUUUGUGGACUUCACCUCUCAGUGCUUAAAGAAAAUCGCCAAAGAGCGGCCGACGUACACAGAACUGAUGCAACAUCCCUUCUUCUCUGCCCACGAGGCCAAAGAAACCGACGUGGCUAGCUUUGUGAAAGUCAUCCUGGGAGACUGAGCUCCACACUUCGCACCCGAGGGAGGGAGGGAGGAAAAAAAUCGAAAUCCAACCAACAAACAAAAAKCUCCGGUCGCUGCGCCCCCGCCCCGUCUGUCACCUGCAGGACUCCCUCUCACCCCCCACCCCUCCAGAGGACGCAGCAGAACCAGGAUACCCGGUGGGAGGUGUGGGGGGUGAGACCUCCCUCACAUAUCAUCUAAAUGAAUUUAUGGUGUCUGUAUGCAAACCCUCCCCCCUCUCCCCCCAUGAUCAGAUCAGCUCUGUGCACCACCUGCUACUCAAAACACGAUCAGAGACGACCUGGCUCCAUCGUCCGGUCAAACUUUUCCUUCUUUUCUCGCUGAAAACCGGUGGAAGACGUGCAGAUCGUAUAAAAGAUGAAUGAUUUCAUGCUAUCUGUGUAUAAUCUAAGUGUUUGCCUACUCAAAGCAAGUGUUGCAUCAGAUUAUUAAAUGACUGCAUGUACAGAAUCUAACCCCCGCUGCCUCAGACUGCCCAUGGGGGACAGCUGUAGAGCCUGGUUGAUAYCAGCGCCUCCUAGUGGUCAUUCUUAGGUACUGCACCUCAACUGCUUUCCCAUCAUCACAUCAAACGAUGGGUUCUGGGCUCAUGGCUACCUGUGUGUGCAUGUGUGUGUGCGUGCGUGUGUGUAUUCACUGGGCUGCACGGCRCGGAGUUUAAGGAUUUAUUAGAUAUGUUUUGUCUCACCGUUCCUGAGCUCCUCUUCUGUUCUGAGGUCAACGUUCGUCAGGAUAUCGAGCUGCACCAAAUUACAUUUCGUGCAAACACUUUCUUUUUCUAGUUGUGUUGGUAUCAGUUUGGUUUCUGUUUUUYUAGCUAUUUUCCCAGAAAUAAAAACAAAAUAAAAAAA